AUUAGAGAUGAUGUCUUGUUCAGUUGCAUCAACUGGGUCGCUGUUCUCUUCCGAAUUGCUCCCAACUCGUUCUUCGCAGCGACUUAGACCAGGUUCGCUUUCAUGGGUUUCUUCGUUUCCUCUCAUGAACAUUUCAAUGACCUCCGCAAGACUCCCUGCCUCUCCCACACCCAACAAUAUGUCAAUUGUAUGUGCUGCAUAUACCCGGAGAUCUCGGGGUGAAGCUGGUAAAAGACCAAACAGGAAGUCAUGGAAACAGAAGAAAGACAUGUAUAUGAGGCCGUUUUUGCUAAAUGUAUUCUUUUCCAAAAAAUUUAUUCAUGCAAAAGUGAUGCAUCGGGGAACAAGCAAAGUCAUAUCAGUUGCUACCACGAAUGCAAAGGAUCUUCGGACUAAUUUACCAUCCCUGACAGAUCACAAUGCAUGCCGAGUUAUUGGGAGGCUUAUUGCUGAACGAUCCAAGGAGGCAGAUGUAUAUGCAUUGUCUUAUGAACCCAGGAAAGAUGAAAGAAUUGAAGGUAAGCUCGGGAUUGUACUUGAUAUCAUCAAAGAAAAUGGCAUCUUAUUUGUUUGAACUUGAUCCCGUACAAUUUAAGCUGAGGUAAAAUUCUUUGUUUCUCAAUGUAGUCAAUGUCAAUGAGUGCAUCACAGACUAGUAGCCGUUUGAAUUCUAUAACUUUGCUCAGUGUCUAGUGUAUACAACAUGUAGUGUAUUGUCACUUAAA